AUGGGACGCCGUUCGAAAUCAAAACCACUCACUUCGUUUCACAAAUUUCCACUUCUUCCUAUCGAGCUUCAGCUUAUGAUAUGGAAUCUCUGCCUUCCACGGCGCAGUAUCGAGGUCUAUGACGAAUCACAACUAUGUUUCAGGAAGGCCGGAUGUCACCCCCCUCUUAUCUCACAAGUCUGCCGAACCUCUCGAAAUGAAGCCCUUCUGGGCGCGGGUUGGAAGCCUUGGGGCUUUUGCGAACAGCUAAUCUGGUUCGACGAGAAAACCGAUACGAUCAAAUUACCCGCGAUAUAUGUACCGCGUUACGGUUAUUACUCCAUCAACGAGGAUAGUUUAGGAGGCCCUGGUCCAGAGCUCUAUCGAGUCUUGUCUACUGAGGAAACACCGAUCCUUAUCAAUCUACGAUGCUUAGUAAAUCGAGCGGGCUAUAAAGCCUUCACCCCAUACGAUAAUUCAUACGAACACGAUGACUUUGGUGGCGACCUUUUGCCUAUUUACUCACCACCGUUCGAACAGCUCGCCUGGAUGAUAUGCCAAAGACCGCAGAAGCGUUCUUUGUCAAUACGAGAUAUAACGCUGCGCUUGACACAUCAAGCGGCCUGCGAGUGCGGCCUCUUUGGAUUAUUUGCCGAGCAAAAUCCCACUCAUCUGAGCCUGUUCGAUAAGAAUAUGAUGCGAAGACUAGAUAAAACAAUACACAAGCACAUGCCAUCCUCUCAGCAGAAGAAGUAUAACUCAAUCCGUAUCAAGGCAACAAACAUCUCUGAAGCAUUAAUGUGGUAUGCUGGCAAACGCCAGCUCGACAGUCUGACUGCCAUAUUGCCAGAGGGCGAAAUUCGCCUCCCGCGAUAUAAGUCAGGGACAAAGAAAUGCCUAGAAUGGACUCGAGUGAUGGAGAGGCGCUUUAAUAUCAAUUUCGUUAUUUCCAUAUUCCUGAUCAUAGACGAGAAAUCGGCGGGCACCCUAAUCGGGAGAUCGCCAACCUUUCCAAACCCCAGCUUGGAGCCUUUGAAUUAACGUUAUGGUAUACUGCCGUACUUAAGUAUAGAGCGACGGAUCAUGAGC